UAAAUUGUUGAGAUCAUAAAUUUUAAUUUUUUAAAAAUGGCCGCAUAAAUGGCAUGGGGAGAGUGUUAUUUUCGCAUUUCCCCAUAGUGAAGACUGAAGUCUACUCAGCUCACGGAUAUUCAAAGCCGUGUUUACUGUUUCGAUUAUUCCAAUGGCUUAAAUUCAAAAAAUUAAUUUCACAACCAUAUAUACAUCACCGACGAGCCUCCGUCAAACACCGCUAGAACCGGCGACUUCCUCCGCCGCCGGCCGCUUGCACCACCAGUGCUCUUAUCCAUCGCGACGCCGUCGUCAUGGCUAAUCAAACCGGCGGAGCUUCAAGCAACGGCAAUAGUCGUGAAAUCAGAGGAGUGCUCAUACACGGCGGUAAAUACGUCCGUUACAAUGUGUACGGUAACUUAUUUGAAGUCUCCAGCAAAUACGUUCCUCCUAUUCGUCCCAUCGGCCGCGGAGCUUACGGCCUCGUAUGUGCUGCUAUAAAUUCAGAGACACGUGAGGAAGUUGCGAUUAAGAAAAUAGGAAAUGCAUUUGAUAAUAGAAUUGAUGCGAAGAGGACAUUGAGAGAAAUUAAACUACUUCGGCACAUGGAUCACGAAAAUAUUAUUGCAAUCAAAGACAUCAUAAGGCCGCCAAAGAAAGAGGCUUUCAAUGAUGUGUACAUAAUUUAUGAACUAAUGGAUACUGAUCUUCAUCAGAUUAUUCGGUCUGAACAAUCUUUGACAAAUGAUCACUGUCAGUACUUCAUGUAUCAGCUAUUACGUGGACUUAAAUAUGUACACUCAGCAAAUGUCUUACAUCGUGAUCUUAAGCCAAGCAAUUUGCUCCUAAAUGCAAAUUGCGACCUCAAGAUUGGUGACUUUGGUUUGGCGAGGACAACUUCUGAGACAGAUUUCAUGACUGAAUAUGUUGUCACUCGUUGGUAUCGGGCACCUGAACUGCUCCUUAACUGUUCGGAAUACACGGCCGCAAUUGAUGUUUGGUCGGUUGGUUGUAUUCUCGGUGAAAUAAUGACAAGAGAACCUUUGUUUCCCGGAAAAGAUUAUGUACAUCAGCUGAGACUCAUUACUGAGCUACUAGGUUCUCCUGAUGAUGCCAGCCUUAGAUUUCUGAGAAGUGAUAAUGCCCGAAGAUAUGUCCGACAGCUUCCUGAAUAUCCUAAGCAACAAUUUUCUGCAAGAUUUCCCAACAUGUCACCUUUGGCUAUUGAUUUACUUGAAAAGAUGCUUGUCUUUGACCCAACCCGACGAAUUACAGUUGAUGAGGCUCUUUGUCACCCAUUUUUGUCAUCUCUUCAUGACAUCAACGAUGAGCCAUUUUGUCCCAGGCCUUUCAGUUUUGAUUUUGAGCAGCCCUCAAUCACUGAAGAAAAUAUCAAGGAACUGAUUUGGAAGGAGUCUGUGAAGUUCUACCCAGACUUUGUUGAACUAAAAAUAUGACGGGUUGUCCUGGAUUAUGUAUCAUAUGUAGGAAGUAUUUUUCUUGCUUCUAUACAUUUUUUAAGUUAUGUUUAGCGGGAAGAGAGAGCUGACUUAAAACUGAUAUCACGAUUUCUGUACUUCAAUGUGAGAUAUUUAUCAAGAGUGCUGGUGUUUGCCAAGGUCUUAAAUCAACAUUGUAUCUUGGUUCUGUUCAAUGACUAUUCAGUUCUUGUAAAACACUAAAAGAGCUUAAUUAUGGUUCAACAUGUAUUCACCAACAA